AUGUCAUGCCAAGAUAUGGUCCCCUGGCCGCACGUCGCGCCAGGGGAGUUCGAUUAUUACGAGGAGCGUGCAGGUCCAGGCGAGAUCAUGGUUCAAGCCUUCGACCAGAACCAGCAGGUCGGGCACGGGUUGCAGGACCGUCAGGGCUCUCACGAAUUCGCCCAGGCCUACGCGGCAGCAGUCAGUCUGGCUGCCCGUUUCCAGCCAUCGCAGUUGAACAUCGUUGAUGAAAUCGCUGUCGACGGUGAAAUGCCAGAUCUGCCGGAGGUGCUCGAUUUGCAUAAUCCGCUCCCUCAUCGGAAUACUAUCCCGUGCUCCCAAGACGUGGAUCCAGGAUCGUUGGUUUUGGUCUCGUCCCAGGAUCCAUUCGCAGGAUUGCCGGUCUUGCAUCUCGACAAGAACACGAUUCUCGACUUCCUCCAGGCGCCUCAAUCAGAGAGACCACCGGGUUCCAGAUACCUCGAGGCGCAGACUCAGAGCACAUCACAUUCAGCCUCUCAAGCAUCGUUACCGUUCUGUCUCGAAAACUACAGUUAUCCGUCGCUGCCGUUGGUCCAAUCAGCAGCCGCUGCGUGCAGUAGUCAGCAAGCCGGUAAUCAAAACUAUCCGAUUAAUCACAAGCAGAUGUUGGCUCAGAAAUAUGCGGCUGAAGAACUCCAGAACAGUGCCUUCUGCCACAUGGUCCAUGCUGGAAUGGACACCAACGAUCCGACCGCAGCACUGCAUCAACUUUUCCUUGGUCCGCAGCAGCAACAGCAGCAGAUGAACAAAGACGACAAUCCGACCGAUCUUCUCGAAGGAACGAUUGUGGGCGUUGACCUUUCAUUAUCGAAGAGUCAUGCAAAUACUUCAUUAUGCCCACAAAACCGCAUACCCUCCCAAAUAGUCAAUCGUCAAGAUUAUCCGACCGUAUCCCGACCGCCUAAGAAAGAUCGUUUCCAACGAUCGCCGCCGAAAGAAGCUUGUGGGAUCUUCUGUGAUGAGUGCGGUCUUUUCUACGACAAGGAAUGUUUGAUGCAUCGAAUCAUGGUGAUAGAGGAUCAGAUGGUCCAGCCGAGAGCCUUCGCUUCGUUACCCUCCAACCAUCUAUCGAUUCAAAACCUCUCAUCGAACGCUUCUGAGCCUGUGUUCGGAGUGUUCAGCAAGAAACCCAUACCCAACAGAACUGUUUUCGGACCCAUGGAGGGCGUUCGAGUGCAGGUGACCCACAAGUCGAAUAUGCCUUUCCCGAUUUACAUUUCCGAAGAUAAAGACGGAUGCGUCCUCCUGGACACGAAGGAUGACGAGCGUUCGAACUGGAUGCGUUUCGUCCGCUAUGCAAGUUCGCCAGUAGAACAGAAUCUCGCCCUUUUCCAGCAGGGAUCCCAGAUUUUCUUCAAGUCAAUCGUGCCGAUAGAGUCGAAGACCGAGCUCAGGGUUUGGUACUCGGAGGGUUACUCCCAGCGCUAUCGACUCUGGCUACCUCAGGAAUUUUAUGUUUGCUUCGACUGCGACCUGCAAUUCCCCCACACGGAUAUGUUGCUCCACCACAUAAUGAGCGAGCACAACGACAGCCCGGCUUCGCAAGAAGCUCUCAGAAAACCGAAAAUGCAUCGAUAUCCGAGCGGGAGCCAAUGGAACGAAGGCUCGAUGUCAAGGCAACUCUCCCCUCAGCACCUGAUGAACAUCGCGCAGGCACCUUCGCCGGGAGAGUUGUCAAACGUGUUCUGUGAGCCGGUCGAGAACCAGGUACAGAGGAAAGGUAAACGCGCGAUCAACCCGCGUCAGCCAUGCAAUCAGGAACUCCUUCCUUACAAUGCGGAAAAAAGCAUGGAUUCGGUCGAGAUCAUCGAGCAUAUAACCCAAGCGAUCGGUGCCGAUUGUGCCGGAAAUCUAUCCACCGACAUGAUUCCCAACAAUUAUCUGUCCCUGCAAAAUCAACACGUGACGCAACUGAAGGAGCCGGAAGCGUUCUUCAAUGUUCGCACCGAGUAUCCAGAGGAAGAGACUCGCGAGAUCGAGAAACGGCCCGAGGGAUCGAUCAUGCAAGAGGUUCCGAAUGCCGAAGAAUUCGACGACACGCUCUACUACACCUGCAAGAAGAGGAAGACCGAUGCCACAAUCCGGGAGCGUCUCAAAGUCGAUAACAGCAACGCCCCGAUGCUCCAUAAUCAGGAGGAGCCCGAAGCGGUCGCCGAGGAACCCAGGACCGUGCCAAGUAAAAUAUCGAAAUUCUAUCAGCGCCACAAUGAAGAGUCGAGCCGGAGUCCAGACACGAGCUCACAGUCCGACUCGUCCUCGAGCUAUCGGUCCGACGAAAGUUCCAGCUCCACUUCGGACUCGUCUCGAUCCUCGGUGCUUUCGGAAGAACCUCCUCCGCCGAAACGACUGAUCAAAAACAUCAAGAACAAACACUACGUUAGAGCCGACAGCAACAUCGUGGAAAUCGAUUCCCCAUUGCCCGAAUCGGAGGAGAGCGCCGAUAUCUGCGACGAACUCGCUGCCGCGGCACCGACCGAGGCGGAAAAACCACCGAGUCCGAAAGCCACCUUCAUGACGCCUCUCAAGAAAAAACUCCCUAAACUCAUUCCCGAGGAAUAUCAGAUGUCCAAUCAAGAUAAACAGCCAACGACGGAUUCUGCGACGCAUCUCGAGGUGCAGAACGCCGAGAUCACCUCGGCUGGAUGCAGCGAAUCGAUCGAGUCGCCGGCCGAGAAGGAAUUAGAAGAGACGCGCAAGGACGAGAAACGAACCUUCCCGUGUUUGCUCUGCGACGCAGAAUUCUACUGUCGUAUCAUGUUGAAAGAACAUUCGGAGCAACACAGCACACCCGAGGGCUUCAAAUGCACCUUGUGUCCGAGAGUUCUAAAGGACUAUAUGAUGAUUCGACGUCACAUAAAGCUCUAUCACAUCUACCCCACAACAAAAUCAUUCCGAUGCGACGUCUGCGGGAAAACCUUCUGCCACACCGACAAAUUUCAGCGUCACAUAAGGGUCCAUGAGACUGGCGAUAAGAAGUUCAAGUGCCAGCAGUGUGGUAAAAUACUCAGCCGCAAGGACAAAUUGGCGAAUCACAUGAAGAAGGUGCACUUCUCGGACAAAUCGGAGGCGCAACAGACAGAACACCGGAAUGGACUCGACUCGAGUCCGAAAGCGAGCCCCGACUCCACACAACCGACAUUUCCCUCGGGUCAGGAAGUCACCGAUGAAAAUCAGAAGAAAAAUGGUGUUAGCCGGUGCCGCCUGAAAAUCGAGGGCACCGGGAUCAAGAAGGAGAGUUUCCAAUGUGACAAAUGUCCAAGGGCCUUCCGGAAACGGGGGAUGCUUGCCCAGCACUACGCUAAGGGUCAUCCGGAGGUCUCAUUGGAAAACACGUCCCUGAACGAUGAGUUCGAAAAAGUCAUCACCGAAUUUCCGUGUCCUUAUUGUGACAAAAGCUAUAAGUCGAGCACGAAAAGGAAGCAGCAUAUUCUGAAGAAACACCCGGAUCAAGAGAUUCCACAGAGCUAUAAAACCAUGGCCGCUUCAGUGAGAUCUACUUAUGUAAAGUGUCCGUGGUGUCCGAGUCAAUACACAGUCAGAUGUAAACUGUAUUCUCAUCAGAGGAGCAAGCAUCACGAGAUCCUAGAUAUUCUAAACCUCACCGGGAUCACCGAGGAAGCCUGGGAGAAGAAGAUUCCGGUUUCGAAGAAGGCUGAAUGCAUGGGGAUACAGGCCAAGCUCGAGGCUGAACUGUUGGCAAGAAAAGAUCUUCAAGAAGCAGCUAAACUGUCUCAGCAACAAUCUCAGCAAGAAAAAAAGUCAGCGAAAAACCCGGGUACCGAUCAUCAUUGACAGCAUCGUCAACGAAUGGCGUCCACGACACAAUGCGAAAGAGCCAAAGAUCAUUAGGUAGCUUAUCAUGAAUGCCCUUAAGGAUACGGAGUACGAGCGAGCAGCUCGUUCAUCCGGGGACUCUGCUCGUAAUUCCUACAGGGUCAUCGAUCGGACGAGCUAUGUGGGAAUUGCAUGCUACUGACCGGACGAUCACGGAUGCAAAUGGUCUUUCCCAUGGAUCGUAAUCUCGUUUCCAAUUAGGAAUGCCCACCCCGAAUCCCAAUACACGAAGACCUUCUCCGCGCAUUUUGCCAAGCGAAUGAGUCAUUUUCAAACGACUACCGUCUUCUAUUGUACAAUCGAUGUAAUAUACGCAGCUGAAGAACAUGCAAAUAAAGAAGCAAACGAACAAUGAUAAUGAGAACAGUCACCGUAAAGUCCGACUACUUGAUCUAUUGCUGAAUAAAUCAUCCAAUCCACC